GCCGCUCUGCGAAAGCAUUUUCGAUCCUAGUCUAAGAAAGAAAAAGAAUGUCGACUGUCGGAGAACUUGCUUGCAGCUACGCUGUUAUGAUCCUCGAGGACGAGGGUAUUGCUAUCACGGCCGACAAGAUCGCUACAUUGAUCAAAGCCGCUGGUGUUACUUGUGAGUCAUACUGGCCCAUGCUAUUCGCCAAGAUGGCUGACAAGCGUAACGUCACUGACCUCAUCAUGAAUGUUGGUGCUGGUGGCGGAGGUGGAGCUCCAGUUUCAGCUGCUGCCCCUGCUGCCGGUGGUGGUGCUGCGGCCGCUGCACCUGCUUCUGAAGAGAAGAAGAAGGAAGAAGUAGCAGAAGAGAGUGAUGGAGAUUUGGGUUUCGGCUUGUUCGACUAAGCAGCCAGCAAUUGCUUUUUAUUUUUCUUGUUUCGUAGUUGUUUGUUUAUCAAAUUUGAAGACCAUAUUUUGUUAGUUACUGCUUUGGUUUCGUCUGGCUAAAGAAUUGGAUUUUGACGUUUUCUUUAUCUUUUUCUUCGUUGAUUACAAUUCAAGAAAGAUAUUUAAGAUUUAUAAAGAGACCUGG